AUGGAUUAUUCUGAGACUGCACUAAACCAUAUGGCUCCUAAUCAAACCAAAGGAAAGACCAAUUCCUCUAUGUUUUUAUACUUUGAAUCCUGUCGGCUGCCUUCUCUAGCCUUCUUCAUCCUACUCAUUGCCUAUAUCAUAGUCAUAGUUGUAGGCCUUUUUGGAAACCUCUCGCUCAUCAUCAUCAUCAUUAUCAAAAAGCAGAGAGGGGCUAAAAAUGUCACCAGCAUCCUAAUUGCCAACCUCUCCCUGUCUGACAUCCUGAUGUGUAUCAUGUGUAUCCCUUUUACAGUCAUCUAUACACUUAUGGAUUACUGGAUAUUUGGAGACACCAUGUGUAAACUGACUUCCUAUGCACAGAGUGUCUCCAUCACUGUUUCCAUAUUUUCAUUGGUCUUAAUUGCUGUUGAAAGGUACCAGCUAAUCGUGAACCCCCGUGGCUGGAAACCCAACAUAUCUCAUGCCUACUGGGGCAUCCUGCUGAUUUGGCUGUUUUCACUCCUGCUGUCAGUUCCCUUCCUCCUGUCUUACCAUGUCACUGAUGAACCCUUUCUCAACCUCUCCCUCCCCAAUGACCUCUAUAGCCACCAGAUGGUCUGUGUGGAGGACUGGUCCUCCAAGGUGAACCAGCUCCUCUUUACCACCUCCCUGCUCCUGCUCCAAUACUGCAUCCCCCUCGGCUUCAUUUUCAUCUGCUAUGUGAGGAUCCUGAUCUGCCUCCGACGGAGGAAUGGGAAGGUAGAAAGGAUGAGGGGGAGUGAAAGCAAGAGGAUAAACACUGUGUUGAUCUCCAUUGUGGUGAGCUUUGGGGCCUGCUGGCUACCCCUAAAUAUCUUCAAUGCCAUCUUUGAUUGGUACCAUGAGGCCCUGCUGAGCUGCCACCACAACCUGGUAUUCGUGGUCUGCCAUCUGGUUGCCAUGACCUCCACGUGUGUCAACCCUCUUUUUUAUGGCUUCCUCAACAAGAAUUUCCAGAAGGAUCUGUUGGCGCUCAUCCGCCACUGCCGAUGCUUGGCACCUCAAGAGAAAUAUGAAAAUAUUGCCAUGUCCACCAUGUACACAGAUGAGUCCAAAGGAUUCUUAAAAUUAGCCCCUAUCCCAGCACCAAUCUAA